AUGAAGUCUACAACUAUCCUUCUCUCUACUGCAUUCGCAUUGCAAGCAAGCGCAGCACCCACACACUACCAACCACCACACAUCCUCAAUGCUACAGUAUCACCACACAACAGCACUGCUUUCACCCCGCCCCCACCAUCAUCAUGUCUUGCAAAACUAGAAGGCGCUCUCGAGGAUCUCACCAGUUCAACCAUAUCAAUUCUUCUCGGCUCCUCCACAACAAUGCUCGGGUAUGCAUUCUGUGGCCUCACCAUGCCAGCAGAGUCAUGGGAGACAUGCACAGACUUUGCCGUCAUCGGAGGCAGCGUUGUUGGUCUUUCACAUCUGGCAAUCUGGAAAUUUCCUCAGCUUCUUGAUGAUUUGAAUCUUUACGAUUCUACGGUCAGACCGUGGGAAAGUGCUUCUGAGGCUUGGGGAGAGAACGAUGGCCCUGAUGCUAAAGUUGAGGUUAAGCCUCGUUUGGAGGUUGUAAAUGCGCAAUUUGGUGCUUGGCCUUGA